ACACGAAACGCCAAGGAUAAGGACAGGACACCAGGCAAAAUGAACGACAGUCGACGGAACACGGCCACGGAAUUCAGUUAUAUACUGCAGCGCCAGGGCAGCGAUGUCUCCGUUGCCGAGGCGUAUGCAUUCGAUGACUUCAACAAUUUAAUGAAGAACAACCAUCAGACACAUCAGCAACAGGGCCAACAGCAGCAGCAGCAGCAGCAUCCUUCGCAGCAGCAACAGCAACAGCAGCAGCAUCAUCCUUCGCAGCAGCAGCCACAGCAGGAUGUCGGGCUGGGCGACACGUUGUCCUCGCUGCCACAGGCCUCGUUUAACUACAUCAACUCCAUUGUGGGCAGCGGCGUCAUCGGCAUACCCUACGCCCUCCAUCGUGCCGGCUUCGGCCUCGGCCUGGCCCUGCUCAUCCUGGUGGCCUACAUCACCGACUACUCGCUCAUCCUCAUGGUCAGAUGCGGUCACAUCUGCGGCCGGUUCAGCUAUCCGGGCAUCAUGGAGGCCGCCUACGGAAAAUACGGCUACUACCUGCUCUCGCUCCUGCAGUUCAUGUACCCCUUUCUGGCCAUGAUAUCCUACAACGUUGUCGUGGGCGAUACACUGUCAAAAGUCCUGGUCCGCUUCUUUCCAUCCUGGGGCGCUUCCAUGGGCGCCGUCCGGCUGGGCGUGGUCUUCUUUGUGAACGUGGGCGUAGUGAUGCCCCUGUGUCUCUACAAGAAUGUGUCCCGGCUGGCCAGAGCCAGCUUCGUUAGCCUGGCCUGCGUGGUCUUCAUCCUGUUUGCGGUCAUCAUCAAGCUCAUGUCGGGCGAUUACAAAGUAACGGACACGGCGGAGUCAUGGCGCUUUGCUAACUCGGAUCUUAUCCCGGCCACGGGCAUCAUGGUCUUUGCUUUCAUGUGUCAUCACAAUACCUUCCUCGUUUAUCAAUCGAUGCGCGAAGCGACCAUGGAGCGCUGGGAGAAGGUCACCCACAUCUCGAUUGGAUUCGCCUGGACGGUGGCGGCCCUAUUCGGCAUCGCCGGUUACUCCACCUUCCGCGCCUUAUCCCAAGGCGACCUGCUGGAGAACUACUGCUGGGAUGACGACCUGAUGAACUUCUCGCGUGUCCUCUUCUCGGUGUCCAUCCUCCUGACCUUCCCCAUCGAGUGUUUCGUUUCCCGGGAGAUUGUGCGCGCCCUCGUCCAUCGAUUCGUGCUGAAGGAGCCCAUCAGCGAGUUUACCCAGGACAAGGACCCCAGCCUGGAGAAGGGCGCCGAGAUCGAUGAGUACUCGAAAGCCAUUACCAUGGCCAUCGUGUUCAGCGCCUUCGUCAUCUCGCCCAUGACCGACUGCCUGGGCUCGGUGCUGGAGCUGAAUGGUCUCCUGGCUGCCAUCCCUCUGGCGUACAUCCUGCCCGGCCUGGCCUACAUCCAAAUGGAGCCGCACGCCCUGCUGAGUCGCGAGAAGCUGCCCGCUUUGGGUCUGGUCGUCUUUGGUGCCCUGGUGACCAUUCUGGGGGCGGCAGUGCUGCUACCCGGACUAAUGGGCGGCGAUUGCCGGGCGGAUAUCGUGAUGGGCUACUGCCGGCAGGAGUUCCAAAAUGCCACAGCCACCGCCAACUAAGGAAUUGAAAUCCGGAAGGGAACAACGGCCAAAGGAACGGAAGUAAAACCCAAGAAAGUCCUUGGGUAGAGGGUCUAGUUGUUUUUAUUGUUUUUACUUUGGGUUAUGUUUUUUUUCGACAUUUUUGAUUUCUGCACCGCAUCGCAUCGAAGGAAACGUGUGUACCUGAGUCCCAGACGUUCAAAGUAUCUGCGUAAGUAAGUAGUAGGUGGUACUGGGAGCUAGUACUAGGUACUAGAGCCCGUGUACUCGAGUGCAAGCAAGGUGAUACGGGCGAACCUCAGUACAAAGGCCGGGCAUCGGAUCGGAGUUAGAUCAUACAUACACAUAUAUAUAUGCACCGGAUAUAGAUGUUUAUUUUCUCCGUACAGAGUUGCAGUAGUGAAAGUUCCUCAAUAAAUGUGUACUUUUUGAUGCCAUUCAUCGCAUAUAAAAACCUAAAAGCGAGUAAACUUGAAGGGAAGAAAACCAAACUAGAACUAGAUGUUAUCCGUAGCUUUAGCGUAGUCUGGAAACUAUUUGGGCACCAAUAUACACAUGCAAACCUUAAACAAAGGCCCCGACCCCCUCCACUUGGGAGGCAAAUCAAAAAUCGAACAAGUAUUAUACCGACAACAAAAACUAUUUGUAACUAUGUAUGUAUGUAAUAUGUAUAUCUAUGCCAUGACGUCGUUACCGGAUCAGAUUUCAAAGUUUUAUAUAAGUAUAUAUGUAUACAAGAGUAGAUAAUUGCUUAGCCCCCUACCCCCCAGAGAAGGUGUCGACGCUUAAAACCAAAAACAAAACUAACAGAAAAUCAAAACAAAAGUCGAGCGAAACAUCAAAUACUCUCCCCACUUAAGAACACAUCGAUUUGGAACAACAGUUUUGAGUUGUUUAAACGGCACUGAAUUCUUUUAUGGAUUUUGUAUAUUAUACACAAAGAUAUAUUUUUGUAAAACCCUUGAUUUAUAUAUAUACUGCACUAUAUUAUGUAAAUACAUGUGUAUGCAUUUUUGGAUGUGAUUAAAGUUUAUACAUUUUACACACGAAACCCUAUCUCUCUCUGUAACUUCUUACUAGGGAUGUCUAUCGAGAGUAAAAUAUUGAAAAUAUCGCAGUUUGGUAUAUCGAAAUUGGAAAUAUCGAAAGUUAUCGCACAUUUAAAUGAUCGAAAUUACUGAAGCUCAAUACAAAUUUGGAAGAAUUGCAAACAAGAUCAAAACUGGGUCCGAUAUAUCAUACAGAAAAUCGGUAUAUCGACAACAUAAGCUGGAACAUUGAAAAUCAAAUAUUAUAUAUCAAAUAUCGAUGCAUUUUCGAUAUAUCGAUAUUUCCAUCUGCCAUCCCUUUUUCUUACUGCCUCAUCUGGACGAGAAUCGAUCGGUUCGGAUCGAGGGAACCAGAUCUGCUGCUGAAGACCCCAUUAACUCUCUAUACUCUAUAUAUACCCUAUACUCUAAGAGCUUAAACACAACAUAUCAUGGCCACGUCACACGGGACACGGGACAUAAACCAAGGGCUUUUCUAAGAUACUUUUUACAAGAUCUAACCAACUGAACAACUAUCGCUUUUACACAAAGACCGGAAGGAACAAUUUCUACAGACCCUUGUAUAUAUACACUCUAUAUAGAAAGCUCUGCUUAUCGCGCCGAUAUUUCCUCAUGUUCUCACUCGCCAAAAUAUCUCUCGUUGUAUCUCUAUUUCUCUAGCGCUAUAAUGAUAAUUAUAUAUCGAAGAUAACGAGUUAGGGAAACUGUUGAA